AUGAUGAUGAAAUUAUUAUUUUUAAUCGCAUUAUUUGGGUGCGUAGUAAAUUCAAUUAGAAUUAAUAAUGAUAAUGGUUUAUCAUUUCAAAGUAAUUGUUUAGGUGGUUCAAUUCAAAUUGCUGAAUCAAUUCCAUUAGCUCUUAAUUUACAAAGUAAUCUCUCAACUCAUGAUGCAUGGAUGGAAUUAAUUACAAAUGCAAAGAAAUCAAUUGAUAUGGGUAUUUUUUAUAUGACAUUAACAGAUGGCGGUCAAUUAGAUCCAGUUUAUGGUGGACAGUUAGGUUUGGAUAUUUAUAAAGCAUUAGUUGAUGCCAAUUCAAGAGGUGUUAGUAUUAGAAUUGUACAAAAUCAACCAUCAUCAUCUAUGCCAGAUACCGAUACUCAAAAUUUAGCUAAAUUAGGUGUACAAGUCAGAUCAAUCAAUUGGCCAUCAUUAGUAGGUGCAGGUAUUUUACACACCAAGGUUAUCGUAGUGGAUCAGGUUAGUGCCUAUUUGGGUAGUGCAAAUUUAGAUUGGCGUUCACUUGCACAAGUUAAAGAAUUGGGUGUGCUAUUCCAAAACUGUCCAUCAAUGGUAUCAGAUACCGAGAUUGCCUUCCAACAAUAUUGGGAUGCCGCAGUCGUGACAGAGUUGCCAAGCGACUGGGGAGUCCAAUACCAAGCAGCCUACAACCAAACAAAUAUGGCUAGCUUACUAUUGAACGGUAAUGAAAAGUUUGAGAUGUUUUUGGCCGUGUCACCCCCACAAUUCGUUUCAACAGAUCGUACAGGCGACAUUGACGCAUUGGUCAGCGCUAUGAAUGGUGCCACCAAAACUAUUUGCAUCUCUGUUAUGGACUACAUCCCUGCAUCCUUAUACAAUUCACCAAACACUUUUUGGCCAGUGAUGGAUAACGCACUCCGUGCUGCUGCCUACAAUCGUGGUGUUCAAGUUCGUAUGUUAAUCAGUCAUUGGAAUCACACAAACUAUGCUAUUCCUCAAUGGCUACAUUCACUAGAUCAGGUGAACAAUAUCGAUGUUCGUUGGUUUGUCGUCCCAGAUUUCCCUAAUGAACCACAAGUUCCAUUCACUAGAGUUAAUCAUGCUAAAUAUAUGGUUACUGAUGAACAAUCAUAUGUUGGUACUUCAAAUUGGUCUGAAGAUUAUUAUACAAAUACUGGUGGUCUCUCUUAUAAUAUUUACAAUGAUGAGUUCACUUCUCAACUUCAAUCAAUUUUUGAUCGUGAUUGGAAUUCACCAUAUUCAUUCCCAGUUACAACUUAUUAA